AUGGCAACAAUAGCUACUAAUGCUACAAAUAAUGGCACUGUAUCGACGAAAAAACGUCGUAAAAAUUUUACACCGAAAAAAAUCGUUCCAAAUGAUGUCAUUUGUUUAGCAGCUAACAACAGAAUGAGUGAUAAUAAUAUCACGACAACAAAUACUACAACAACAUCAUCGAUAACACGAAGAAUAAUUUAA